AUGUCAAUUUACAAGUACCACCUUACUUCAAGCAAUCUGAUAUCUCCAGUUCAACACGGAUUUCUCCCAAACCGUUCUUGCGUGAAAAACAUGCUCGUGUUUAUGGACAGCUUAACCCAAGCUAAGGACGAAGGACUCACAUCGGAUGCCAUAUUUUUCGACUUCUCAAAAGCAUUUGAUAGGGUCCCACACGUCCCGCUGCUCCACAAACUCGACACUAUUAGACAUUUAUUUAUGCGAAUCCUCGCGCUGGCGAGCAUACUGCCCCGCGCUGAGAACAUAAAGAGCAGUGCUACACCCUUUUUUCACUUGUGCAUUUCAGGUGAACGACAGCCACUGACCGACAAGAACAAAACCGACCCGGGAAACUUUUGCAAAAGCCUCGAUCAUGUGUAUCAAUCCGUGCAUCCAUGUGGGCAGCGUGGGAGUAUCCCAGGCCUCGUACUUCCUUCUGGUGACAUGGCAGAUAGGCACCGAAAUGUCGCUGCAGAUGAACGAUUCAGAGACUCCGAUUGUAAAACCCUGGUGGCUUCCGCACAUCCCGUGCGCAUAGAGGCCAGGGUUUUGGUUCGUAAAGCACCUUAUUUUGAGAAGGAGGAUAAAAAUGGAUCGGUAAGAGACUCAGCACUGGCAUACCACAAUCGGACCGAAAUGGCUCAGUGCCGAAAGGUCCGUGGUUCGAAUCCAACAUCUGCCUCUCGACCUUCCCUGUCUAGACUUGGGCAACCUGGCAGUAUGCCAGCCCCCGUGUUUUGUUCUGGUCGCAUGGCAGUUAGGCACCGAAAGGAUGAUACAGCCUCUCUAAUCAUACAUAGUGAGGAUCAAUGGGACCUCAUCCUUGAGGGUGAGGCGCACCCACAGUCAAACGAUGGCCACCUUUGUGCUUGCGACAUACUAAAUUGGGUGUCUCAAACGCGGGCCUUGACCUCAUCUGCCACACUACACUCGGAACUAAUACACCUUCCAAGAUACGUGAAGCAAUCCGCUGCUUCUAGUUACUGCCCCUGGCUUGUAGGUGUCGUGUUCAGUGACUGCACAUCCAAGAGCAAUAUCUUGCACUUUCUGGGUGCGAAGCGCAUACUUAAGGAUGGGGUGACUUGGUGCGUUCAUCCGAAAACACCUGCGCCUUUUUCUCCUCUUUGA